UAAGUGUUUUUGUAAGGGUGUAUUACAGAAUUAAAUUGCAAAGAUAUUACACAGUAUGCUAUUUUCAUGUGUGUGCACAUUGUGAACUGUGUGACAAACUGAGGUGUGCAGGAUGGUCUUCGAAUAUAGGACAGGAAGUGGUGAGCUUGUCACAAGUGAAAUAAGCCCCUGCAGUAGCAAGUGUUUUAGAUUAUCUUCAAGAUCUCCGGUGAUGUUGAGCCUAAUGGAUAGACUGCCAUACAUCUAUCUGCUGGCAUUUCACUGUUUCACAUUUGUCUGCACCUAUGGAGGACAUCAUGGUGUUUAUCCUUCAUGUGAUGUUGAGCUGAAGGUCCGGAGAAGCACGGGAUGGAAAGUUCCCCCACAACAAGGGCUGACAGUCAAGUGUCCUGUCAAACACUGUGGAGAAUCACUAAAUAUCACCUGGUGUAAACUGCUCGACACAAACAAGUGUGAACGGAUUCAUGAAGCAGAGAAUGUAGAAAUAAAACAGAAUGACGAAGAUUUUAAGGAUGAAGUGAUCUCCUUUUUGACUUUCAAACGGAUUUCCAUUGAUGACGACGGCCUGUACAGAUGUAGUAUAAAAGUAUACAAAUACAAUGAGCUGAUCAGUCACAUCAUCAAUAUCUCAGUUUCAGGUAGGCAGUUUCUUUCAGUGCCAAAAUAUGGAUGUAAGAUGUCUUUGUUAAUUCUAUAUUCUUUCCAUCACUCUACAGACUUACACCAUGGGAUAAACAACUCAGAAAAUAAUGCAUAUUCAAUCCAGGGGAUUAGCAACUCAGAAAACGAUGCAUAUCAGUUACCAAUUGUUGCCGAUCAUGGGGAAGAGUCCUGGCUCCCCUACUUUUACAUCUGCUUUGGCGUAGCUUUUCUGGUAGCCACAUUGACAGCGUUAACCCUCCUGAGACUUCAUGGCUGGAAACGAAUACUGCUCAUCAACCCCAAAAAGGGGCAGGAAAUGUCCACUCAUAUGAUACCUGACCUCCCCAGGGGGAGCGAUUCCUCUGGUCUUGUCCUGCAAACCCACUUCUCCGCUCUGAAUGACAUCUACUCAUCCAUUACAGCAGAAAGACCACCAUCACAACCUCCACCGAUGUCCAACGGGAACCAGCCUGCUGUGACAAACACAGCAAAUGAGAGUCAAGUGACAGACCAUGCAGUGUAUGCUGUCAUCAACCACCGGCAGUUUGGGAGAUCUGCCAGAGAACAGCAAACUGCGUCUAAACAAAAUUCGCAAUAUGCUGCCAUCAAUGUUUCCUGAACAUGUUUGUCAUGGACACAGAUGUAAACAGGCAUGGAAAAGUAUGUGGUGGUGUCAUGGAACAGGUAGAGGGUAAAAGCAAUCAACCACACUGCUGAGGAGGGGGAAUGGAGGACGCAUGUGGUCAUACAGAAGCACGGUACAAUCAUCUUGAGCUAGACCAGAAGCAAUUCUCUCUCACCCUCAGUUGUUCCAGGCACUGCUGCUUUUUAUUUUUAAUUUCUUGUUAUUUUUUCAGCAGUUUUUCUCCUCCAGUCAUUUUAUGUACGUGACUUGGAGGGCUUUCUCAUACUUUAUUUUGUUUGCCAAAGCUUUGGUGGAUUGUAUACAAAAAUCUAGUGGGUAUGUAGAUUUGUAGAGCAGAUGCUAUACUUAUUGUACAUUCUUCUGUCUGAUUUGGUAGUUUAAAGACCAUCUAUAUCUUGUAAAAAAAUAUUAGCAUUUAAAUAUAAUCCUUAGCUUAUUUGUGACUUUGGAAACAUUUUGUUCUUUGAGAGGUUAUAGAUGUAGUGUACUUAAUAAAUAUUUUUGCAUUUCUUUCAA